AUGUCCGGUAAAUCGAAGCUAUCGUUCCAGCAAAGAAAGGAACACUGGACGAAAUCCUCAGCAUCCUGGCUUCUAUCAGCACCAGGGUUAUCUCGAAACAUCAGCCUAGAUGCGCCACCUGGGCAAAGAGGCAGAAUAUUGCGGCACUUGUUUUCCAGAACCCCGCCACAAGCAGUAGUUGGUUCAACUGUUUUGGAGGAUCCCGGAGACAUAAUUACUCGCUUCUGUUCAGUAAUGCUUCACAGAAGAAAAGGACGGGUGGCUAGGGGACGAUGGAAUAGGUGUGCCACGAUAUUCCCCGCCGCUCAUUCAUCCCACCACCCCCGGAACGCCGAAAACCUUCAAGUUCACGCCCGCCUGAAGCUUCCGAUCGGAGACCGGGGCCCCAUAUUCACAAACCUCGCCGACUUUCGGCAAGAGCUCAAUCUUAUGCGCUGCCCAGACUGCCUUACAAGCUACAACUUGUUCUGA